AUGAUUAAUGAUUCAACCAUACAACUCUUUGGGACAACAAUUUUCUUCACACACAAUAUAAAUGUCUCUACCAUUGAUUCUUCCUCAGAAUUUGAACCUUCUCUUCCUCAUGAAGAUUUCUCUAAUCAUAGUCUUCAUUCAUCUUUAUCUUUAUCUUCAUCUUCUCCACUUGAAGUAAAUUCUUCAAUGGAACAUGUUGCAAAGAGAUAUAAGGAAACAUCAAGAAAAGAAGUCACCUCAGUGCAAGUUUUAGAGGAUGAGGCUUCAUUUCACCCCACAAAGGAUUUAAAGUCUCCCACAUCCUCAAGUCUUAUUGAGAACCCCAAGACUCCCUCAUCAGAAACAGAAACUUCUCAACUGAAUUCCACUAAAAUUGAUGAACAAAGUGAUAUAUCACAAGACAAAGGUGCAAACAAACCAGACAAAAUUGUUCCAUGUCCAAGAUGCAAAAGCAUGGACACCAAGUUUUGCUACUACAACAACUACAACAUCAAACAACCGCGGCACUUUUGCAAGAACUGUCAAAGAUAUUGGACUUCUGGAGGAACCACUAGAAAGAUGCUUGUAGGUGCAGGUCGCCGCAAGAACAAAAUCUCUUCUAUUUCUUCUGAUGUAUCGCAUUAUCGUCAAAUGAGUACUGUCUUUACCUUUGGAUCAGAUUCUCCUAUUAUGCCUUCAACUCCACUUGACAAGAAAACGAAUAUUGAUUCACAUGAAGAAACAAUUGAUAAGAGUUAUCAGAAUUUUCCUCCACAGUUUCCAUGGAACCCUGCAAUGUGUUAUCCUGUGUCAUUUUAUCCCAAUAUAGCACACUAUGGUGGUUUCUUGCAACCAUUAUGGAAUGUACAAUCUAUCCCAACACAAUCUUGCGGCCCAAGUAAACCUUCAUUAGGGAAACAUUCAAGAGAUGGAGAUAUGAUCAUUCAUCCCAACUCAGAGAAAGAAAAACUUGGAUUAGAAAGCAACAAGAAAGAAGGUAAUAAUACUAGUGUAUUGAUUCCUAAGACACUGAUAAUCGAUGACCCGAAUGAAAUUGCAAAGAGUUCGGUUUGGUCAACAAUAGGAAUCAAGAAUGGGAGAGGACUUUUCAAGGGAUUUGCAUCUAAGGGUGAUGAUAAGAACGAUCAUGUCGUCGAAGUAUCCUCAUCAUCAGUAUUGAAAGCUAACCCUGCAGCUUCAUCAAGGUCCCUAAUGUUCCAUGAGAGGGUUUAA